GUCUGAGUUCACCGACACCAUCCUGUCCGUGCACCCCUCCGACGUGCUGGACAUGCCUGUGGACCCAAAUGAGCCCACGUACUGCCUGUGUCACCAGGUGUCCUAUGGGGAGAUGAUAGGCUGUGACAACCCAGACUGUCCUAUUGAGUGGUUUCACUUCGCCUGUGUGGAUCUGACCACGAAACCCAAAGGAAAAUGGUUCUGUCCACGGUGCGUUCAGGAAAGGAGGAAGAAGAAGUAAGCCUGAUGCCUGGACUAGAAGAGCAAGUUAAUAUAUUCCUUCUUCGUGUUGCAAUAUUUUCUCUUCAUUUUAAAACUACCUUGUUUCAAAUGAUAUUUAAAAACUCAGUGGCCAGUUGUAAUUCUGGAUACUUCCUAAAACAAACAAGAAUCCACCUGAGCCCUGUUUGCUCGAGGAGCGAUCUUACGGGGACUCGCCACAGUGACUUCAUUAUUGGAGACUUUGUACCGGCCCCGCGCCGAGCCCGGCAGGUGCGCCGAAGAGCCGAGCCUUCCGUGGGGGCUGCGGCGGGGACCGCCCAGCCAGCGCAGUACUGUCACUCUGCAGCUGAGGCGUGAGCCUGCGAGGUCUGUCCCUGCUUCCUGGGGCGGUGCCCAGCACCUCUGGAAGCACAUCUGUCCCCGCUGAGGCGUCUGCGUGUGGGACCUGGCGAGGCCUUGCUGGAGGGCAUCUGCCGUGUCCGAGCUCUGGGCCGGGGCCCGUGGCCUGCCUGGGAAGGGCGGGCUCUCCCUGGAGGAGGAGGUCUCUGCUUCGCUGUGCACUGCCU